CCAGCUGUUUUCAAAUUCUCUUUUAUUUUCCUUCUCAUCACCUCAUGUUGUUGGUCCAUGUGCUGCGGAUUACAAAUAAAACAGAAUGGCACCUAAUACGACUCUCAGCAGCAAAUCCCAUUUCAUUUUUGUUCCCCAUCAACAAGGAAUGAGAAAACAAUGACAAUCUACCUUCUGGUUGCUCAUUGUCAAGAAGGAACAUUCACAAAUAAGUGUGUUUUUUUUUGUCUGUUUCCGAUUAUAAUGACUGUGGCAGGCUGGGAUCGGAAUUCAUUGACAAAUGAGCAGCUUGAAUAAUCGUAACGGCUUUAUUAUUAAUAACCAGAGAAUGGGACUGAGGCCUAUUGAGGAAAGGCAAACUCAAAAUCUCUACACAAGCUACAAAACAAGAACACGGUCUUUCAUUCAGCACAUGAGAAUUCCACCCUCGGCUCAGUCAGAGCCUGGAGCCGACUUUAUUUCACUUCUAACAAGUCGCUCACUACAAUCCAGGUAUCUACCUUUCAUUAUCUGAGGGGUCUGUAGGCACAGAGCUGAUGCGUAGAAUUAAAGAAGAUCACCACAAACCCAGCCCCUUGUCAUUUUCCAGCCUCCCACUAUCUUACAGGAAUAUAAAAAGACCUACUGGUCUGAAGCUAGAUGUUUUACAUAUAUGGAUUUUCUUCUGUGUGAUUUUUCAUAAAACUAGAUUCAGUGUUAUGACCGAUUUUUAGCCUUUUUGAAAGAUACGACCUUGUGUCUAAGCCAGGGUCUAAUCAAAGACAUUGGUAAAUGGACUGCAUGUAUAUAGCGCUUUUCUACCCUUACGAGCAUUCAAAGCGCUUUACAUUUCAUGCCUCACAUUCACCCAUCCACACACACCCAUUCACACACCAGUGACAGAGGCUGCCAUGCAAAGCACCAACCUGCACACCGGGAGCAAUUUGGGGUUCAGUGUCUCACUCAAGGACACUUUGAUGGGGUCAGGAGGAACCUGGGCUUGAACCGGCAACCAUCCAGUUACCGAACAAUAACACUACCUCCUGCGCCACCAUCUUUCCCAUUGGUGCUUUCGUGUGCAUAUAGAAUGUUGUUUAUCCUCUUAAGGCUUGCUGCAGAGAAGUGAAAGAAGUCAAGGUUCAUUUAGAGGGUGAUUUGACCUGCCCAGCGAAAGCAGAUUUUAAAAUGGUGUGAUAAACAUUCACGCAAGACUGUUUUUUGUUGUUCAUUGCUAUGAAUAGUAUGAAAUAUGAAUAAUGGUAAAAUCCCAUGGGAUCCUUUAUGAAAUUCCAGGGAGGGAUUAAUGAACAGCGCUGGUGACCUUGAGAAGGAGUAGCGAGCCAACAGCACUAACGUUUGUGUAAUGGCCGAAGGCCAGGUGUCUUUCAGAACGGCACAGAUUUGCCAUGGCAACCUUCCAGAAAAGCAUGUUCUUAAUUGUUCUCAUAAUAGAAGACCUGGAGGAGAUUGUCAUUUUUCCUGCUAAGGGGAUGGACGCGUGGCUCACUCUGCAGAAAGUGGAUCCUUGCAACAGUUAAUAUGCAGUAUGGUGGAGAGGGGGAAAGGUGUAAAACCUGAGCUGGCACAUUAUUCAGGAAGGGACAGCCAGCUUGGUACCACCAUGGAUCAUGUGUUUGUCGGAGGCUAAGGACUUUAGCAAAGAUCAGCACUGGAUUGAAUCAGGAAUGUUUGGGGAACACAUGACGCUGUGAUAUGAUGAUAUAUUAGAGAGCCUUCCCAUUUUGAAGGGCGAAAUCCAGCAAAUUGAAUUCCAUACGCGUCUCCCGCAUGUCUGUACUCAUAGCCUGAAGAUGAUUGGCUCACCUGCUGUCUUCUGAGAUGUCUGAUUGAUGAUUGAUGAGUCAAACCAUCCAGUGAAAGAUUUAAUCGCAUGAUAUAAAUCAUUAAUGGAAAAAAAGACUGAAUGCUACCUUUAUGGUGGAAGCCAAAAACAAGCUACUGUUUUUAUAACAGCAGAGUAAGGACACACUUUUAAAGGAUUAGAUUUUUCAGCACAGUCCUGCUAUAGGGUAUAGAAACUGAGCGUUAUAGGCCCAUUCAAUCACACACGGCCCCAGGCUACAAGAUCAAUCCCAACAUGUUUUUGGAAGAUGCGUGUGCCUGCAGGAGACACUCCAGCCUUCCUCCUGGCCUGAGUCCUCGAGUGACGAUGACAGCUGGGGCAACAAAUCAGAGCGCUGAACCUAAGUGGCCCCACGUCAGCAGAGAGGUGUAUAAAGCAGGUCAGCAUCCCUGGGAGAUCUCGCCUGCUUCAGAGGACUCAGAGCUCUGAGACCUGAACCCACUUCUACAGCUGACAUGCCUGAGACAAAUUUAAGAGUCACUGGGGGCGCAGUGAGGUUCGGUGCCACUUAUGGAGGCAACCGGGUCUUCUCAGGAUCCCGGGGUGGUGGUGCUACUUCGGGAAUGUCCAGAUUGCUAGGGGCAUCGGCAGGGGUGGGGUCGGGCCUUGGCUUCAGAAGUGGUCUGGGCUUGGGUGGAGGGUUGGGUUUGGGAGGUGGCCUGGGCUUAAGUGGAGGAGUAGGUGCGGGGGCCCUGGCUCUGGUAGGAGGUGCCGGACUAGGCCUCGGUGCCGGAGCCUCUGCCCUUGGCAAGAUGGCAAGCUUUAGAGCAGGUGUGGCUCCACUCCGGGCUCGUCUAGGGGGGCGCGUCUUCAAAAUCGGGGGAUACGGCUACAACCCAUCCUUCCUCAGUUCCACGACCACCAUUGAUGCAGGCGUCAGUCCUCUUCCUGCCAUCGACCCCUCGCUGCCAUCUGUAGACGCAGUUCAACUCACCCGCAUGAAAGAGAAGGAUGAGCUGCAGGCUCUUAAUAACAAAUUCGCCUCUUUCAUCGACAAGGCCCGAAUGCUGGAGCAGCAAAACGCUAUUCUCAAGGCGAAGAUCUCGAUGUUCACCAACCCAGACCAGGGCGGACCUGCCAGCACAUCCAUCCUCCUUACCUCCGCUAUUGGGACUUACAAGACUCAGAUCGACAACCUAACCACAACCAAGGAAGCUAUUAUUGCUGAAAUCGAGCACUACAAGAACAUCAUCGACGAUGUUCAGUCCAAGCUUGAGGAGGAAACAUCUCAGACCAAGACCUUAGAGACCGACUGGACCAAUUUAAAAGAGGAGGUGGACAAUCUAUACUUGACCAUUUUUGAGCUCCAGACCACCAUUGGUGGAUUGGAGGAUCAGAUUGCUCUGUCCAAGCAAGUCUAUGAUGCUAAAGUGAAGGAGGUGAGAAACAUUGUAACAGGCGGCGUGAAAUCAGCCUUCUCCAUCUCAGUGGACAACACGGCCCAGGCUCAGGAUCUGACCUCGGCGCUGGCCGAAGUGAAGGCGCAUUACGAGUCGCUGGCCCAGAAUAGCAAGCAGGACGCUCUCCUGUCCGUCCAGGACAGUCUCUCCAUGAUGUCUGUCAGCACUCAGCCCAAUACCCAGUCACUCACCAACGCAAAGGAGGAGCUUCGCGUCUACAAACUGCAGAUCGACUCGGUGCAGAGGGAGAUUGACAGGAUUAAGUCAGCGAACCAUCAACUGGAGUCUCAGGUAGAGGAUGCGGAGGCCCAUACCAACUCACACACUGAGACGUACCAGGAUCAAGUCUUAACCCUCAAGUCACAGCUUGAUGACAUCAGAAAGCAAAUCGCUCAAUAUGGCCAAGAUUACCAGGAACUGCUGGCAAGCAAAAUGUCUCUGGAUGUGGAAAUCACAGCUUAUAAGAAACUCCUGGACAGUGAGGAGAACAGGCUGAAGUCAGGUGGAGGUGUCACCGUGCACAUGACCAAGACUGCAGUAGGGGGCGGAGUUGGGGGCGGGGGUGGGGCCGGCUUCUCCCUGGCAGCUGGAGCCGGAGGACUGGGUGCCGGUGGAGGACUCGGAUUUGCACUAGGCUCAGGCUUUGGCCUCGGGGGCGGUUAUGGUGGUCUUGGUGCUGGACUGGGAGGAGGCCUUGGUGCCGGACUGGGAGGAGGCCUUGGUGCCGGACUGGCACUGGGAGGAGGGCUCGGCCUGGGCGGGGGAGGCGGCAGCCUGAUGUCAUCGAGCCUCAACAGCAGUGCACUUUCCUCCACUGUCUACUAAGCACCAGCUGCAAACCCACAUACCAGACCUGCACUGCAUCACUGCAAAAAUGGGAAAAGCUUCCACUAGGGGCGCCAGUGUCGGCUUAAUAUUAACACAAUGCAUAUCUUCUUCACCUGUUUCUUUUUUAUAGCAUACUAAUCACAAAUGCAGAUUUGUUUACUUCUGAUUGCACAAUUCCACAGAAAUUAAAUCAAACUUAUCCUCUAAAGACGUUGAUGCAUCAUACAAUGGAUAUUUUAUAGACCUUUUCUAAACAUAUAUCCCUCUUGUUAUUUCAGAAGAUAUUCUGAUGAUGUAUUCUGACAUUUACAAUGGUAUUUCCCAAAAAAUAAUACUUCAGCUGAAAGCUGAUCUUAUUAAAAAAUGUCUUACAAAUCCUGUCAGCACAGCACGCACACAGAAGUGCAAAAUCAAGGAGUUAAGCACAAAAUGUUCUGCUGUAGUCUAGGUAUAAAUACAGGAUUUGACGGUAUUGCCAAUUAAAUGCUAAAUCUGUUAAUGUUCAAUUUCACAGUUGUUAUAUGUGGAGUUCAUUGGCUGGCUGAGUAAAAUGCUGAAUUUUAAUAAUUCUGACACAUUCACUGUGCAAAAUUAUUACUGUAGAGUGAUACGUUAAAAAUGUCCACCUGUAUACCUGUACUCCGGCUGUUUUAUCAAUAAAAUGACUGCAAAUAGCAAACUA